CGUUGGCGGCGUAGUUAGGUUUGGGACGGCAACGCCAUUUUUUGGGCGUGUGGACUGCGUCGCAGGCAGCCUCCUUCGACUAUAAAUCGAGAGGGCCUCUGAUGGAUCUCCCACCAUCCUCAGCCGGGAAGAGAGAGCAUAACAGAGAUACAGAAACAUGGCUGGGGCACAAGCAGUUUCUGCGGUUGGGCUUGUUCUGAUGGCAACUGGCCUUCUCCAAUGCUUGGCGGUGGCUGCUGCCACCAGCCAUACCGUUGGGGGCAGUUCUGGAUGGAGGAUACCUCCCAACGCCACCUUUUACCCCGACUGGGCCGCCUCGCAGACGUUUGCCGUCGGCGACAGUUUAGUGUUCGACUUCACGACCGGCACCCACGACGUACUGGAAGUGGCGAAAUCAGAUUACGAAUCCUGCUCCACAACCAAUCCCAUCGGAUCCACCAUAACAACCGGCCCCGCCACUGUUACCAUCACCAGUGCAGGGGAGCAUUACUAUAUCUGUGGCUUCACGGGACACUGUGGUGCGGGCCAGAAGUUAUCCAUCACCGUCGCUUCGUCGCCUUCCACUACCAGCCCUCCUCCCACUUCGACCGGUAGCAAUGGUCCCACGGCAUCGGUGACACCCGGUUCUGAUUCAGCAGCAUCUUUGCUUCCGUCCGGUGUCAAGGCUACGGUGGCCUUGUUGCUUCUCUUCUCCCUCGCCUUAUUGCGUUAAAUAGCUUCUUAUUUUUCUUGUUUUUGCUUUCUUAUCAUUAUUAGUGUCGUUAUGAUUAUCGUCGAGGCGAUUUGUUGUGUGAUUUUGCAAUAAAAUUCCCAUUGGUCUUUCGUUCA